AUGAGCAUGCCAUCACAAACAUCAGGCUUCCUCACCAUCGAGGCAAAGCCUUACCCAUUCGCUUUCCCUCGUCAACACACCGCUUUACUGGUAAUUGACAUGCAACGUGACUUCAUUUGUGCCGGUGGAUUUGGAGAGAUCCAAGGGGGGAACCUGGAGGCUGUUCAAGCCUCCAUUGCACCAACAAAAUCUUUACUUGAGGCAUGUAGAAAUGCCGGCUUACAGAUCUUUCACACUAGAGAGGGUCAGGUCCCCUCACUCGCCGAUUGCCCGUCGUCAAAGCUCAUCAGACAGGCCGCUGCACCAGAAAAUACCCAGCAUCUCAAGGUCAUCGGCGAUAAAGGAGAGAUGGGCCGUCUACUGGUCAGGGGCGAAUACGGUCAUGAUAUUGUUGAUGAGCUACAACCACGAGCAUCUGAAGUGGUCAUCGAUAAACCCGGCAAGGGUUCGUUCUGGAAUACCGGUAUUAUGCAUAAAUUGAAAGCUCGCGGCAUCACGCAUUUGCUCGUUUCUGGAGUGACCACGGAAUGCUGUUUUUCUACGACGAUUCGGGAGGCCAACGACCGAGGCUUUGAGUGCUGUGGGAUCGCCCAGAGUACUGCUGGAUACAACCCAGCAUUCAAAACCGCAUCACUCGACAUGAUUUACUGGUCUCAGGGGUUGUUUGGUUUUGUGGCAGAUCUUCAACCCGUCUUGGAUGCGUUGGCCCCCUGGAAAAGGGAGAGCAAUGGCGAAACUACGCCUCCGCAAACACCACCCAUGUGGGAUGGUGAGAUCGGAAUAUCAGAGCUCCAGCAAUCUUACAGAACCGGCCUUUCGCCAAUUGAGCUCGUCAACACCUUGUACGACACAAUUGAAAAAUAUGACAGAAUCGACCCUGCAGUUUGGAUCAAACGUGAAUCUCGAGACUCGGUGCUGGAUUCUGCCAGGAAGCUGCUUGAACAAUAUCCAGACAAGAACUCCUUGCCUCCACUUUUUGGUAUCCCUUUCACAGUCAAAGACUCGAUUGAUGUUCAGGGAAUCGAAACAACUACGGCAUGUCCCCCAUUGGCGUACGUUGCCAGUAAAUCUGCCGUCGUCUUCCAAAAAGUGAUAUCUCAAGGCGCCCUUUAUCUGGGUAAGGUCAAUCUCGAUCAAUUGGCGACCGGCCUGAGUGGAUGCAGGAGUCCGUAUGGUGUUACACAUUCCGUGUUCAGUGACAAGCAUAUUUCUGGGGGGAGCAGCAGUGGAAGUUGUGUAAGCGUUGGUGCAGGUUUGGCGACGUUCUCUUUAGCAACCGACACAGCCGGGUCUGGCCGUGUGCCAGCUGGCUUCAAUGGCGUCGUAGGCUACAAACCAACGAGGGGUCUGAUUUCAUUCGAAGGUGUAACACCUGCCUGCUUGUCACUCGACUGCAUAGCGUUCACUGCGCGAACGGUGGCUGAUGCUCGAACAUUGUGGCAGGCGUGUGAAGCAUUUGACGUCAAUGACAGAUAUUCCAGAGAUACAUUCCCCCUUGAACGGCAUGUCAAUUCACUUGGUUCACAAAGGUGUGAGUUUCGGUUUGGAAUCCCUCCUCCGGAGAUUCUCGAGAUAUGCUCUCCAACGUUCAGAAAGCUCUUCAACGAGGCCGUGCAACAGCUUCAGCAGCUGGGUGGGAUAUUGACGCCCAUUGAUUGGACACCAUUUCAACAAGCAGGCGAUCUGCUGUACGCAGGCACUUUUGUGUCAGAGAGGCUUGCGAGCUUACCGGACGAUUUCUUGGAUAAGAACCGCCAACACUUGCAUCCGGUGAUUUUGGAACUAUUCGAACAGGUUGUGGCACGACAGAGUACGGCAGUCCAAUUGUUCCGUGAUCUCCAGACCAAGGCUUUGUGCACCCGCAACGCGACCUCUCAAUUCGCAUCAGCGGAUAAAUUGGGCAUCGAUGUGCUGGUGGUACCGACCGCACCCGAACAUCCAACCAUUGAGGCUAUGCUGGCAGACCCGAUCCGGCUAAACAGCAAGAUGGGGACAUUUACACAUUUCGGCAACGUAUUGGAUUUAUGUGGGGUGGCCGUGCCAAGCGGCACGUACGUACCAGCCGACGAGGCUGCGCCGCAACUGCCGUUCAGCAUAACCUUUCUCGGAGCUCGGUGCACUGACUCAGAGGUCUUGGAGAUCGCCAGUAGAUUUCAGCGUCGGCGAUGA